CAUUGUAACGGAUCGCAGUCACGGACGCUUGGAUUAAGGGCCAUAGUACCCUCAGUGUCAUCUGUGUGUGAGUGUGCGUUUGUGUGACCGGUUAACAAAAAAUAAAAUUAACAACAAAAAACCCCCAUUAAACCCCCAAAAUCGCCACCCAAGCGUGAGCGGUUCAAAAGUGAUUCAGUGUAACAGUUGAGAGUUCGAAAAAUCACUUUCGAAAUGAUAUCAAGCGAAAUGUGAUCGAAAACAGCUGAUUAACUGCGUGCAGAACAGCAUUUAACCAAAACAAAGUGAUCUCGAGAAAAGUGUUUCACUUAAUCGCUCAUUUAGCAAAGAACAAAGAUCAUCACCUCUCAAUAAAGUCACAAAAAAUAUAAAACGGAUCAGGAAGCCAUUCGAAACAAAAAUCCGUCAGAAAUCAACAAUCAACAUGUUUGGCCCUCUCAAUUUGCUGGCCGCUCUGUUUUUCAUCGGCACACUGAAAGAUUUCAGCGUGACUGGCCUGAGACUGACCGAGGUCCGCAUUCCGAUGUACGUGAUUAAGGGUUCCGUGGCGCAGUUGGAGUGUCUGUACGAUCUGGACGGCGAGGCCCUCUACUCGGUGAAAUGGUAUAAGGAUGGCAACGAGUUCUACCGCUAUGUGCCGCGGGACAUGCCGCCUGCCCAGACCUUCCUGCUGCCUGGUGUUAACGUCGAUUUGCACAACUCGAGCGACGCGAUUGUUACGCUGCGCAACGUCAAUCUGCAGUCGGCGGGCCGCUUCCGGUGCGAGGUUUCUGGCGAGGCGCCCUCCUUCCAAACGGUCACCGAGCACGGCGACAUGAUUGUUGUGUGUCUUCCCCACGAAGAGCCAAAAAUCACUGGUGGACGACCGCGAUACCAGAUAGGAGACUAUGUGAGGGUCAAUUGCACCGCUGGAAGCUCGAAACCGGCCAUAAAACUAUCCUGGCAAGUAAAUGGAGAGCCUGUUGAGCAGCAGAAGCUACGGAAAUACGAUAACAUUGUUUCGGGACGAGAGGGUCUUGAGAAAUCUGUGCUGGGCCUAUAUUUCCGAGUGGAACAGCAUCACUUCCGCAAUGGCGAUAUGAAGCUUAAGUGCAUAGCCGAGUUGUCGACCUUGUACUGGCGGAGCAACGAGGAGUCCGUGGAGGGCGACCGGCCGCAGAAGGCGCCCGUGCUCGAGUCCCGGGAAACGGUCUUUGCCAGCAACUCGCGCGCCGAUCCCGUCCAAGGUAUGUCUUACCGGGAACUGUUUGUGACCAAAAUCUUAUCGCUCUUGUUCGUCCAUCCAAACGCAGCCAGUUCGACGGCUCCGCCGCCCACGACAGCCGCGCCCCUCGUCCUCCUACUUCCGGUGGCGCUGGCGGUGGUAUUGGCAACCCUGGCGCAGGGGAUCGCCAACGAAAUAGAUAUAGAUAAGAUAUCGAUGGAUGGGACAGCCCCCGGAGGGAUAGCUAUAGCGAAUGGAGCUCGACAGGCGAGUGAGUUGCUGGCUGACCGCGAGGAGGAAAUUCGCAGGACGAGAGCCGGAAAAUCCGCGACGCAGCUGGAAAGCAUGGCUUUGACUGCACGGUAGCUGCAUUAAGUCACCAGGCGGCUAUUUCCCUCCACAGCACACACACACUUUUCACCGAUUUUUCCGUCUUCGCUUUGCAUAGAAAAACAAACAAAGAAACUCAAUGAAAAUAAAAAACAGGAAAUGAACAAAAAAAGAACAAAGAAAUUUAAGCAAACGAAAGAAAUGCUGCUAAUUUAUUUAUGCCGUUAAAGAAAGCUUUCAUGAAUUUAAUUUUAAAAACACAAAAAACCAAAACUAUCUAGAGCAUAAAUUACAAAUACUUGUGUGAGAUCGAGAAAAAUUGUAUGUGAAAAUGCGUGCAAAUGUUUUAACACUCUACGGAAAUGUUAGGACCCGUGGCGAAAGAUGAAAAAACCAUUGUAAAUAGUUAAUGUUUAAUAUAUAUAUUUAUGUAACUGUAUUGUAUGUUAUUAAUUGUUAAGCUCACUCACAUACAAAACAGAAUUUAAAUAUCACACGUAUGGAUUAGAGGGAAAAUGAAUGGAAAGUCCUUCUACAAAAGUUGGUCAAGGCAAAAUACGAGUUUAAUGAAAUAAGAAAAUGAAGAAUAAUUAUGAAUAUAUAGGAGAAAGUAUUGGUAAGAAUUUCUUAGCUAAGUGAAAACUAAGAAUUUUAGGCAAACUCACAGGUCGGAUAAAUUGUGAGCGCUACAGUGCAUAGCGAAAGUAUUGGCCUAUAUAACUCUAUACUUUAUGAUUUAUGCCUAAAAAAAACCCAAGCAAUGCUGGCUUGCUAAAAUAAAAGAACAUUUUUUUAAUAACUACAUAAUUUCCAAUUGACAUCUUCAAUAAAAUUGGCUCAAAAAUUAGUAAACUUUCGUUAAGUACUGUAGAACCGCCACGCAAAUUCAUUCACAACAACUAAAAAUAUGUCUUCGUUGAAUAGAUGAUUUUUCUAUAAAAUUUCGUUGUUCGUCAAGCAUGGAUUAAAUAAUGUGAAAUUGUAAUUAGUUAAACAAGAAUAAUGCUACAGAUAAGAAAUCACAUAAUAAGCAAACCAAAAAAGCACUUAAUUUUAAAUUAAACGAAAACAAAAAAAUAAAUGUAAAGAGAGAAAGCUAAUCAAAGUUAGGAAUUAAAACUUGGUGACUGUUGGAAACGUCUUAAAACUAACAAAAACAUAUCGUACAUUUAUAUGAAUUGCCAAAGUCUUAAUGGGUAUUAACUAAAAGCGAGUGCGUGCUUCUGAGUGUGUUUGAUCCUUCCUGAAAAAAAAACUAUUAUCAUUCCGGGUUCGACUUAGCCAUCAUCCACAGGAAAUGUAAACCGUUUAGUUGGCCAAAUAUUAGAAAACAAUAGCAAAAGUCAAAAGAACAUGGGUAAUGAAAGCAAAUUUAAACAAUAGCAAAAUGAUUGUGAUGAAGCCUUAAUAACAAAGUAGAACUCAAUUCAGACGUGAAAUGAAGUGAAAUGAAACGAAAUCAAAUGAAAUGAAAUGGAUUUUAUUGUGUAAAUAGAAAGGCGCUUUGUCCAUGGAUUCCAUACUGUUUUCCCCAUUGAUGUCCAUAAAUUCUGUGUGUAAAUAUGAUUAUGAGCUAACUAAAUCAGAGUUAAGACGUCAUCGGCAGAAAAACAAAAAUCACAGAAACGAAACAAAAUAAAGAGCCAGAGCCAAUUUUAAUAAUAAGCGAAAAACAAUGAAAAAAUAUUAAUUAUACAUUUAAAUAUUGAUGAGCGGACAUUCAAAUGCUAAUUGAGUACAAUUGUGGGCGACUGAGUGGGUGAUUGUGUGUGCGGUUGCGAAUUAAAAUAGGAAUAGUUUAUAUUUAAAUACACACACAUACAAAUACAUAUAUAAAUCUGCAUUGUUGUCAACUGUAACUGUUUUUUAAGUCUUAUUUAAUAUCGAUGCCAUUAACUGCAAUUAACGGGAAAAUUACUAAAAACAAAAACUUAAAAACAAUGCAAAAGUACUAAAAAAAAUCUAUAAAUUGCAUUAACGUUAAUUCGAAAAACAAAACAUAAAUGUGUGGUAAUUGUAAGUGUAAAUUAUUUGUGUAUUUAAAUAACAACUUUUAGAUGUAUAAAAAGUGCAAGAAAAUAAAAAGCAAAAUGCAUUCGAAUCUAUAUGAUAAACUCUAUGUGAAACCGUAAACAAUUCAAACCUAACAAGCUGCCACGUAAGCAAAUAGGAAUUAUUUACAACUCAACUCAAAUCAAAUGCCAUAAAGUAACUUCAACUGAAUUUAAAUGCCAGACGAAGGGGAGAAGUCUCUGUAAAUAUCUUUAAGCCUCAUUCAAUGUGCGAACCUUACUCGCAGGCAAUUUAAAACGGAACGAAGAAUUGUGAAGUAAAACGAGUGGAAAUUCAU